AUGCGCGUCACUCAUUUAUUAUUUAUACCCCUCUUUUUUGCGCUCUCGGUCUUGCCGGUUCUUGGUCGUUUCUCCCAGCGAAGUCAUGGUUCCCUCAGCUCCGCUCACAAGGCAAAACGUGUCGCUGCUCCAGCCGGUAACGAUACAUUAGAAAAAAGGGACAGUACGAAGUAUAUUUUUAUGCAUCAUGCAAGUUGUUACUCUCUCAUACGUAUGUUGGAAGCUCCCGCACCGAUUUUUAUCACUAACCUUUUCUGCAUAAGGUAUCCCUAUACCCAAUCUGAUUGGGCGGAUGACAUCGCUCGAAUCGGCACCAACAGCGUCGACGCUAUUGCCUUGAACAUAGGUGACGACGACUGGCAACUUUCACGAAUCACCGAUGCGUAUGCAGCUGCCGUGGGCACGAACAUGAAAUUGUUCAUCUCUUUCGACUACACUGCCUUUGCAUGCGAUGUGUCCAAAACGAUUAGCUAUAUCAAUCAGUUCAAGAGUCAUCCCAAUCAGUUCUACUAUAAUGGACAAGUUAUGGUGUCUAGUUACUCCGGCGACUGUUUGGGAACGGGCGGAUGGCAGACGAUCAAGUCUUCCACAAGUGCCUACUUGAUGCCUUUCAUCUGGGGUCUGGAGGGCAGUUUCGGCUCAACUUGGUCGUUCUUGGACUCUUGGUUAUGUUGGGGAUGUGCUUGGCCACAAGGCGACUACGAUAAAAACACCAGCGAUGAUCAAUACUACAUCAGUCAAUUAGGAACGCGCUAUGCCACGACCAUCAGCAUGUGGAUAUUUACUCAUUAUUCAUGGGCGGACAAGAAUUUCUACCUUCGGGGUGAUGACUGGCUCAUUGCUAAUCGCUGGGAGCAACUGAUUUCUAUGCGCGACCAGUUGACGUUUGUAGAGAUGGUAACCUGGAAUGAUUACGGCGAGUCGGACUACUUCGGACCUUUCAAAGGAGCGCAGCCAGACGGUACAUAUUGGGCUGAGAACUUCCCCCAUACUAUUUUCUACGAUCUGUCUCAAUACUAUAUUACGGCGUUCAAGACAGGUAGCUACCCCGCCAUUACUCAAGAUGUCAUUUAUUAUUGGGCUCGUCCUCAUCCAUAUGCUGCAAAUGCAAACGCCGAUUCCCUCGGGAAGCCAACUGGCUGGGACUGGGGAACAGACAGUUUAUGGGCUUUGGUCUUUGCCACAUCGUCUGCGUCUGUUACUUUGCAGAUCGGCGGCUCUUCGCAAACCUUUAGCGUCGGAGCUGGUGUUACGAAGCUCUCGAUUCCAUUGGAUUAUGGCCAAAUAACUGUCACAAUGGUCAAAAACUCCCAGACUGUCAUUGACCAGACCGCUACUGAUUUCACCUACAUCGCAAGUCCUUCUCAAUAUAACUACAACGCGUAUGCCGGUGCUGCUGCCGCUUCAGCAGUUGCGACCUCGACUUCAUCCACGUCUACUACAGCCUCAACAACUGCAGCCGCUGCUACCUCGACUAACAUUGUGUUCCAGUGGACGAGUCAAGGAUGCUAUACCGACAGUGCCGAUCGUCUUCUCCGUGGUUCUCUCACCACUAUCAAUGGGCUGACGACAGACGCUUGUAUCAGUUCCUGCUCCAGUGCUGGUUUCACAAUGGCCGCUACGGAGUAUAUGUACCAAUGCCUUUGCGGUAACACGUUGUACACAACUGGGGGAGCUGGCUCGUCCACGUCUUCUAACGACUGUAAUAUGCCCUGCCAAGGUGAUUCAACCGAGACGUGCGGUGGUAGCUAUCGUGCUAAUCUCUAUACUGCUCCUGGCACUACCCUUUCGAGGCGUGAAGCCGCGCCUACGUUCCGGACGUUGUGGGGUCUGUUGAUUUAA